AUGAGGAACAUGGUAAAAAUUUCUACUACAACGGAAUUACCCUACUCGAGAACCAAUGUUUCAAACAAUGUAGAACUUCCAAUUGAUAUGCGCUUCAACGAAGGUCACGUUGUUGGUAUUAUCAUUUAUAGCGUGUUAAUGAUUUUAUCUGCUAUGGGAAAUAUUACAGUGUUAGUCUUAAUUACGCGUAGGAAGCAUACAUCUAAAUCAAGGAUACAUACAAUGCUGAUGCAUCUUGCGAUUGCAGAUUUACUUGUUACUUUUUUAAUGAUGCCCCUUGAAAUUGGUUGGGCAAUCACAGUAUCUUGGAAAGCUGGAGAUGUAAUGUGUCGAAUAAUGGCUUUCUUCAGAAUGUUUGGUCUCUACUUAUCAUCUUUCGUUUUGGUGUGCAUAAGUAUAGACAGAUAUUAUGCUGUAAUAAGGCCGCUCCAGCUGUGGGAUGUCGAUAAAAGAGGAAAAGUUAUGCUAUGCCUUGCAUGGGUAGGAUCCAUUAUAUGCUCAAUGCCACAGAUGGUAGUAUUUCAUCUGGAAACCCAUCCAAAUAUUUCUUGGUAUUCACAGUGUGUCACAUUUAACACUUUUCCAACAUACACUCACGAAAUCACGUAUUCCCUCUUUGGAAUGGUCAUGAUGUAUUGGUUCCCUCUUGUUGUGAUAAUAUACACUUACACAAGCAUUUUGUUGGAAAUACGUAGAAGAUCGAAAAAAAGUGAACGCGAUAAGAUUCGUCGCUCUUCAAUGGGUUUCCUAACGCGGGCAAAAAUAAGGACUUUAAAGAUGACUGUAAUAAUUGUUGCGGUAUUUUUCGUUUGCUGGACGCCGUAUUAUGUCAUGAGUCUUUGGUAUUGGAUCGAUAGGCAAUCAGCAUACACAGUUGAUCAACGAAUCCAAAAGGGACUCUUCCUAUUUGCGUGUACAAAUUCUUGCAUGAAUCCUAUUGUUUACGGGAUAUUCAAUAUAAGAGACAGAAACAAGGCAUCUGAACGACCAACUACUUUAGAAACUCGAGUCACUCCAUUAUCGCUGUCACUCAAACUCCUCGACUAACGCAAGAAUU